AUGUCUGAGUCGACAACCCCCGGGCCCUCUUCGCCCGCCGCAAGCUCCUCGAAUGCCCCCGUAGCCAUAGUCUGCGUAGGCAUGGCUGGCAGCGGCAAGACGACCUUCAUGCAACGCCUAGUCUCACACCUGUAUACGCAUCCCGACCCUACACAGAGCACACCAUCCGUAUCCAAAGCCUCGCCGACACCGCCGUACAUCAUCAACCUCGACCCGGCUGUCCACCAUGUCCCUUUCACUCCCAACAUCGAUAUCCGCGACAGCGUCAACUACAAAGAAGUCAUGAAGCAGUUCAACCUAGGACCCAACGGUGGUAUCCUCACUAGUCUGAAUCUGUUCAGCACAAAGAUCGACCAGGUUAUCGGCCUUCUGGAAAAGCGAACAAUGCCCCCGGCUCCAGUGCCAGAGGCAGAGCAAACCACAGUAGAAUUCAUGACAAACAGCGGAAAAGAAAAGGCCGCCCCGCCCGCACAACAACCCCAGGUCAAGCACAUAUUAGUCGACACACCUGGCCAAAUCGAAGUCUUCGUCUGGUCAGCAAGCGGGGAGAUCCUACUAUCGAGUCUCGCGAGCACGUUUCCGACUGUCAUCGCGUACAUCAUCGACACGCCGCGCACAACGAGCACAAGCACCUUCAUGUCCAAUAUGCUGUAUGCAUGCUCAAUAUUGUACAAGACUAAACUGCCCAUGAUCCUCGUAUUCAACAAGACCGAUGCACAAGACGCUGCCUUUGCAAAAGAAUGGAUGACCGACUUUGAAGCCUUCCAAUCCGCGCUCCGUAAUGAAGAGGAGGGUGGCAGCUUCGGUGGUGACGGCGUAGGAGGAGGAAGUGGUUACAUGGGCAGCUUGCUGAACAGCAUGUCGCUUGUCCUUGACGAAUUCUACAAACACCUCAGUGUUGUGGGCGUCAGUGCUAUGACGGGAGACGGUAUGGAUGACUUCUUCCGUGGCGUGCAGGAGAAGAAAGAAGAGUUUGAGCGCGACUACAAACCCGAACUUGAACGGCGGAGGGCAGAAAGAGAGAAACAGAAGGAAGCUACGCGCCAGCGGGAGCUGGCUAAGCUGAUGAAGGAUAUGAAGGUUGGGGGUGCGGGGACGAAACCAAAGUCACGGCCUCCGAAGGAAGAACCAGAGACGGUUAGCGAUGCGGAAAACGCGGACGAGGACGAAGAUGAGAUGAAUCCCGAGGAUCUUGAUUACGAGGAUGAAAUGGACGGAAUGGACAGCGAUGACCCAGAGAAGGGCCUCAAGCAGCGGUACGAGCAGGCGCUGAGAGACAGUCGAGCUACGCAGGACGAGGACAUGAGUUUUGCGAGGUACACGCAGAUGGCGAAAUUUGCCUGA